UACUAAUCAACCUGUUUGCCGACAAGUGCAGCAGCUCGACGCGCAACUUAGCACUUUUCCAUUCUGUGUCUGGAAACAUCUGUGCGGGCUUUUAUUUUAUUGUAUUGUAUUGGUGAAUUUCAAGUGGUUUUUUUUUUUGUUGUUGUUUUUUGCCGUCCUCUUUGCAGGAAGCGCGGGUGUUAUCAGUCCAGUCUCACCUGUCGCUGCGUCUUCUGAUGUGCGACAGGCAGUGAGGGAGUGUGGAUCCGGGGAAAUACAACCCACUGCUGUGCCGCUUCUAGCAAGGGAAGCCCCCACGCGUUGCGCGCCCAGAUCGCCGGUAGAGAGGCUAUUCGCGUGGCGGAGUGCGUGUGCAUGCGCGUCAGGUUAUAAAUGUGUGUACUUGAGCACGGCAAAGCCCCAGGCUCCAUCCUCAACAGUUGCCACCCGAGCGGCGGAGAGGAGAGGAGGAGAGCGAGAGAGAUAGCAGACUGAGUACGGACGGACGCGGAGCUCCACGCCGCUCUGCCCGGCUCUGCUCCUGACAUGCAGUCGUUCAUCUCUCCGGUGACCAAGGCCAUCCUAGUAGCGCUCUUCAUCUUCGCCAUUCUCCUCAUUCUCUAUGUGAUCCUUUGGUACAUUUGCAGAGACGUGGACUGCGACCACGGCAUUUGAGGAUUCCGUUAAAACGGAGUAACGGAAAUAUCACAAUGGGUCGCACAGAGGAACCAACAGAGCCCAGGGUCAUUUUUGAUGCCCAGACAAGAUGGCAACGUUGCCAUAGUGACAGGAGGAGGCAGGGGAAUUGGUUAUGAAGUAGCUCGCCACUUGGUCAGACUUGGGGCACAUGUUAUCAUAGGUGGGAGAGAUGAGCAGGAGGGUCUUGCAGCUGUCAGAAGGAUCUGUGAACACUACAAAGAGGCCAAAGUGGAGUUUAAGAAACUGGACUUGGCUUCAUUGCAGUCUGUACGUCAGUUCGCCCAGAGCUUCAGAGAACGGGACCUGCCGCUAAAUAUUUUGGUCAAUAAUGCGGGUGUUAUGCUGGUUCCUGAGGGGCGUACGGAGGAUGGAUUUGAGCAGCACUUCGGUGUGAACUACCUGGGACACUUCCUUUUGACCUGGCUACUCCUGGAUACACUGAAGGAUUCUGGGAAAUCGGGUCAUGUCUCUCGUGUGGUCAACGUCUCAUCCUCAGCUCACUGCAUCGGACAGAUCAGACUAAAUGACCUGAAUAGCCGCCAAUCUUACUCCUCACAUGCUGCUUACUGUCAGAGCAAGCUGGCCCAGGUGUUAUUCAGUUUCCACCUCCACCAAGAGAUGCAGAGUGGAGGUUUCCAAGUGAGUUCGUGUGCCGUGGAUCCCGGCAUGGUGGAUACCGCACUCUACCGCCACCUCUGGACACCCCUCCAUCUGGCACAAAGUGUCAUCGCUCGCCUGCUCUUCAGGACUCCUGAAGAGGGCGCUACCACUGUGCUCUCUGCUGCUCUGUCACCUGCUCUGGAGGGAGAUUGUGGAGGAGGUUACUGGGCCAAUGGGUGCAGGGAGAUGACAACACCGCUGACCUUUGAUCCCCAGCUGCAAGUGAGCCUAUGGGAAAUCAGCCUCCAGUUGCUGAACCUCCACUAGCAUGAGACAAGGAUGACCAACAGGACUAAACCCAUUUGACAACAUCAGAUAAAAAAGACCCUAUAUUCAGGGCGGCCAGCCAUUCUCUCCUCCCUUUUUCAUACUUCACAUCAGGGCGUUGCUAGCAAUUUGUUACAAGUGUCAUAAUCCAGUGCUGGACUGUGAUUGGUUGUUUAGAGAGCAAAGAUCUCUUUCUUUUAGCGUUUUUUUUUUAGUUUUAUUUUUUAUUUUCUUUUUUCCAGACCUGCCAAAGAAGGGCUACAGGGGAUGGAAGAUGCUUUUUUUGCUUUUCACUGUGAGCAAGCAAACAUAUUUGCACACACACACAACCACACUCUAGGGUUGUAGCUAUAUGUCAUUUUGCUGUCAUGGAUAGCAGAGAGUUGCUGUUGGCGCCAUCUAGUCAGAUAUCAGUUAAUGGCACCCACCAAUGAUAUGAUGAGUUUGAUUCCCUGAUCGCGUAUCAGAGAAUCAGUCAUCUGCUAUGAUACAAACCUUACUUGGAUUUUUCAAUUAGUCCGGCCCACAAUAACUAAAUUCCUCUUGGAAGCUUUUUCACAUCAACAAAAAAUUCCAGUAAAAUAAUCCAAAAGCUUAAUUUUGGCAACAAAAUAACAUAUUGGUCAAACCCUAGCAUACGCGCACAUACGGUACACACACAUUUACACACUACGACAAUGAUCUGAUCUGAUCCUGCCUUGCUGUGGCAAGGGAAUGUGAUGUCAUCAGUUUGCGUUGACACAUCACUGCGAUUUCUCAGAUCGUAUUGCCAUCCGGCCUCUUUUACUGGGAGCACUUUGUUUUUAUUGGUUACUAUUGAAUCAUGUUAACUGCUGGUUGUAGUUGCAUGAGUAGAUGUUUUUACAGACGUGAAUUUAGCUGAAAAGCUAAGAAUCCAUCAUCGUCUCCUCUUUCCUCUCUCCGGCGCGCAGUAACCCAAUAAAAGAUGUUCCUUUUGACUGCUAGGGGGAUUUGGGAAGAGUUUUAAAAAAGGGAGAUAUUUCAGAUAACAGUAAGCCUAAAUUUGGAAUGAUUCCCCUUCGACCCAAGAGUGAUGAAACGUUUGGUUGAGUUGCUGUGAAUUUUUAUGCUGUUAUUUCUAAAGCGGAAUUUCCAGCUGUUUCUGGUUGUCUGCUCAAAAAAAGUGAGAAAAAAAAAGGUUUGGGAACCGACCUCAAAUUCAUUUUGUCACCGUUUUCCUUUGUGAUCUGUGCUAAUCGCUUUUUUCUGUGUCUGUGAUACGUGUGCAUGUAUUAUGCACACAAGCUAAGAAUUAACUCAUGUAUAGACCCAAUUCAUGCUGAUGGAUAGCACAACAAUGGCUAACCCCGGAGGAACUGCAACGAGAAGGAAUGCGAGAGAGGGGAAAGCACAUUUUUUCAGCAUUCAAACUGUGAUUGGUUCCUCAUUGCUGCUGCUACUGCCUCUUCCUCAUUUGGCGCCGCUCCCAGUGCAUUGUGGGAUUGAGAUUUCCCAGUAGUGAGAAUCAAACUCCAUCUGCUGAGCUGACACACACACACAGACACUCACUCAGAAACAUUGGAAGCAGUACAUCCAGGCAUAGGCUUAUCCAAACAAGCGCACAGCAAAUAAACACGUCUGUCUGUGAUGCAGGAACAUGCUCACACACUCUUACACACAUACAAAGACACACUUAAUGCCAUCUCCACUGUGAUUAACAUGUUUUAGCUGUGGGGAUGAAAAGUGUUAUCUCAAAUUAAUUAAGUUUUGGCUAAAAUCCUUAACCACAAGUCAUCGCUGUAGUGUAUGUGUACGUUGUUGCUUUGAAUAAAGCCAGUUCGCAUCCAGCAUUCAUUAUGAUCUGCCGCAUGUGAAGCGAUAGUAUCACUGUGGUAGCUAAUUCAGCCAGUGGCACAGUGUCAGACAUGAAGAAUAGGAACAAAGUGUAAUGGAAGAAAAUGCAUAAAGGAAAAAGGCAUCAGCUUUAAGGCACUCAUUGCUUAAAUGGUUAAAUUUAAUGUGAUUCUCACUGUUUUGUCAAGCAGUUUAAGUAUUUGUCUCAAUUCAGAGACGAAAAAAUCAUCCUUCAGAGAAUUUGUAGGACAGACUGACCCGCUGCCGCCACCGCUAAAUCAGACGACAGUCUAAAUUUACAAGGGGAAAAAAUAAAGGCGUAUUUGCCCCAUCCUUGUCAUCUUAUAAAGUCAUUUUUGGUUUAUGUUAUUCAUAAGUGUGUUGGGCUUUUUGGUUCAUGUGAUAUAUCUACCAAUGAUGUGUCAACCCAAAUAUCUGCCUAAUAUCUUAUGAAUAUUUGAAUAUAUGAGUUGACAAAGAUUGCAAAAAUGCGCAGGAACCUGCACUUUGAAGGGAGGCAUUAUGCUAAAAAACCCUCUUUAAGAUUCCCAGGACUUUGCGAGGAUUCACAAUCUCAUGGCAGUCGGCCCUAUGAGCAUCACAAAUACUGACGGUAUAAUACUGAAGCCGUUACAUUUGGAAUUUAUUAGUUUUGACUGAUACAUUUGGCUGAGAUGAGGAAGCCAUCUGUAUUCAUCUGGCUUCCAGGUAUUCAGUACCUAUUAUUAUCCGGUGCCAAGUCAAAUACGCUGAAUUGUGGGAGAAAAAUUUUGAGGGGAUGAAAAAAUGACAGAAAAAAUAAAAGGAACGCCUCCCGGUCGUAGUUAUUAUAACUAUCAGGGUGUGACACGGACUCUGAUAUGAUGUGAAGGCACCAUAACUCCAAGACAACUCAUCAAAGUUUACAUCCCAUAAGAGAGGCUUAUUCUGAUUAGAAAUUAAAAUAUAAUUUUAAAGCAAACAUCAAAGGUUUUUUUUUUCUAGAUUAGCAAUUGUGUGUGAGCUGACUCUAAAUACCAGCAAUAUUGCUCAGUCUUUUGAGUGUUGUAUUGUUUUUCAGGCUGCUUGAAAACAGUUUAUUGCCUCAGUGCUUCCUUUGUUUGACUGUGUGGUUGCCCUUGGCCACUGUAAGGUACUGAUUAAAUAACAAACAGCCAAACCUAGUGCAUAUCUAUACAUCUAUAUAUAUCUCUACAUAUAGAUAUAUAAAUAUAAAAUGCACAUGCUUCCGUUCACACAAAUAAAAACACCAGCCUAUCCACUCAGUGGCGCUUAUUGAAAGAAUUCAAGGCUACAAUAUGACAUACAUCCUGUCAAAGAGCUACCGUGUUUUUCUCAGCUGCUACAGUAGAUGUAUUUUAGCUGAAAAGGGCGAGUGGGGGAAUGUCACAGACUCUCCCUUCUAUCUGAGCACAAGGUUUUCCAAAGACGAAAGGAGGAAACGCGCACGGAUCUGUCUCAGUGUGCUUAUCGUGUCGACGUGCAGAAGUGACUGCUAAAUUAUCACUGAUUUACCCGGUUAUAUACGGUAUUUAGCGUCCUCCUGAAGCAUUCUACACAGACACGACAACACGGUGAACUUUCUGAACUCGAUUUGCAAAUAUAGAAAAAGAACAACAGCUCCAGUAACUGUCUGUGAUAUUAUCUGUGUGUUAUUUACUCGUAUAUGAUCGUUUCAAAGCGUUGGAGGAGACCAGUGAAGACAUUUGUAGAUUAAAAAUAGCCAUUCCUCUGAACAACCUGGGAUCACAUUUAUAUUAAAUGUUCCAGUCCCAAGUUCUGCAAAAUCUUAAAUGUGUAUAUUUGCACUGGUGUGAAAAAGUGUUUUUUCCCUUGCUGAUUUCCAAUGUUUUUGUAUGUUUGUC